UAUUUUUUAAAACUACACUUAUCUCCCGAUUUACACUGAAGAUAGGUUCUGCAGAAAACCGUGUAACUCGAAAUCUUGGAUUUUACGAAGUAAAAUCGUAUAAAACGAAAAAACCCCAAAAUGUUUAUUUAAUCUAAUGAGUUACUUAUUUAAGUAAAACAAAAGCAAGACAUCUUGGAAAACUCAAAAUUGUAAUUACUGGGAUUCCCAUAAAUGUAUAUAUUUUAUAACCCCAGGAAUCCCCUAUUGUUUUCAUCAGUACUAAAGGAAAAAAAUUAAAAAACGCCAUCAAAUCUUUGUAUAUUAGUUUUUUGAAAUUUGUUAAUUUAUAAAACGGGAGAUAGGUAUAUAUUUGUUUAUUGUAAUUGGUGUUUUCAAUCAAAUAUGAAUGCACUGUACAUAAAUAAUUAAAAUGAUGCUAAAUGUACAUUUUGAUAAACUUUAUCAAUUUAACAAUGAGUGUUAAACGAAUAAGAAAACUACAAAUUUAAUAAACAUAAAUAUAAACUAAUGGAAAAUUUAAAAUGAUGUUAAAUGUUGAAUGUAAAAUAUUAAUAAUUAAAAGAAAAUAAAUAAUAACAAAUUAAUCGUUCUCGAAUUGUGAGGCGAAAUUAUACGUUUUUAACGUGGACAAACCCGAGAAUGUAACAUUUUUAUUAAUGUUUAAGACUGCACGUUUGCCUUCCAUUUUCUCUCCUUAUACAAAAAAAUAUAUUAUACACGGAAUCUACAAAAAAGUAACGGUUUUUAAAGUACCAUAUUUCGCAAGUACAAUCAUUUCUUAUUUUUAAGUCGAUAACGAUUUUUGUGAUAUCUUUUUACCAUUUGGAAUAAUUAGUUUCUUUAGGUGUGCCUUUUUAUAUGUUUUUUAUCACUAAGAAUAUUAUAAAUGAAUUCUAAUAUAAAAACGAUAUGUGUAGCCUAGAUAUUUUUAAUUAUGGAUAUUUUAUUGAUUCCGAACGGUUUACGCCACGUCCUUUUUUAAUUUAUAAAAAACGUACGCUAUGAAUAAAGGUAUACCAAAGAGGAACUUCCUUUUUUCAAAAUAAAUCAACAUUUCAAAUUCGAACGUUAUUGCCUAACUUCUCAUUAAAGUGUACCCAACCGAUAAUCGUAAAAAUACCCUAGAUUUUCUUUUGGGGAUUAAUAUGUCAAUGGGAUUGCUUAUGUCAAAGCUGUCAAGCGACGAGGAGCGGGUGACGUUUUGGGAAAUGUGCGAAAAGCGAGUUUUCCGGGCGCGCUUCGUCGGUGUGCGGUGCGCGUAGAAGGAAAGGCGAUGCUGGCGUCUUGAUUUUCCAUCGAAAAUUCUGUCACGAUAAUCGUCUUGGCUGGCAAAAUGGCUUCUGGCGAUACCAUCGAGGCCAUCGAAAUCGCCGAAACACCCAAAAACAACACCAAGGACCGACCGAUCUUAAGUGAAACCCCCAUGGAAAACGAAGAUAAAUCAAGGGUUAUGUUGGUUACAAGGUCUGGGCAAGAUGGAUUACCUCAAAAUGUUCUUACACAACCCAAAACUCCAACGAUCCAAACGAAAUCGAAGGCCGAAAGAGAAAAAGAUCGCGAAAGAAAAAUUGGUCAUAGAAGGGUUGGGGUUGGAGGGGAAAUUACGUACAAGAAGAUUCAAAGUUCACAGAUUAUGGGCUCAAUUCAGCUUGGUAUUCAACAUGCUGUUGGAGGUUUGGCAUCAAAACCAGAACGUGAUCUACUCAUGCAAGAUUUCAUGACUGUCGAAACGACGAAUUUUCCAAGCGAAGGGUCCAACCAUACUCCGGCUCAUCAUUUUUCCGAGUUCAAGUUUAAAAAUUAUGCACCCAUUGCGUUUAGGUACUUCCGAGAUCUUUUCGGGAUUCAACCGGAUGACUUUUUAAUGUCGAUGUGUAAUUCUCCAUUAAGGGAAUUAUCAAAUCCUGGCGCUAGUGGGUCCAUUUUCUACUUGACGGAAGACGACGAGUUCAUAAUAAAGACUGUCCAACACAAGGAAGGGGAGUUCUUGCAGAAACUCUUAGCAGGUUACUACAUGAACUUGAACCAAAACCCAAGAACUUUGCUGCCAAAAUUUUUCGGACUUUAUUGUUAUCAAUGUAAUAGUAAAAACGUUAGAUUAGUUGUUAUGAACAAUUUGUUACCAAGUAAUGUUACUAUGCAUAUGAAGUACGAUUUAAAAGGAAGCACUUAUAAAAGAAAAGCUUCGAAAGCUGAAGUAAAAAAGCGUUCGCCAACCUUCAAAGAUUUAGAUUUUAUGGAACACCAUCCGGAAGGAAUCUUAUUAGAAGCUGACACCUACAGCGCGUUGAUAAAGACAAUUCAAAGGGAUUGUCGUGUUUUAGAAAGUUUUAAAAUCAUGGAUUACAGCUUGUUGGUUGGUGUUCAUAAUUUAGAUCAAGCUCAAAGAGAAAAAUCGCAGGAAAAACGAUCACCAUCUAAUUUAGAUGACGUUCCUGAAGACGGCGAAUUAGAUCUUAAUGAUCCAUCAGCGGUAAUGCUAAAAGCUGAAAGAGAGCGGGAACGUGACGAUCGAAUUGGAGCUGCUUCUCUAAACAGAACGAGAUCAAUAAAACAAAGAUUGGUGCAUCAUUCAACGGCAAUGGAAAGUAUUCAAGCUGAAUCUGAACCAAUAGAUGAAGAAGAUGAUGUUCCCCCUGGUGGUAUUCCAGCAAGAAACGCUAAAGGUGAACGACUCUUGCUUUAUAUCGGUAUUAUAGACAUUUUGCAGAGUUAUAGGUUAAAAAAGAAAUUAGAACACACGUGGAAAUCGAUGAUUCACGAUGGGGAUACAGUUUCUGUGCACAGACCCGGUUUCUACGCGCAACGGUUUCAGGAAUUUAUGGCGAAAAAAGUUUUUAAGAAGAUACCCUCACUGGACUUGCCUGAGAUUAAGGGCAACCAUCGCAAGUUUCGCACUCUGGUUACCAGCUAUAUAGCAUCCAGGCGCAGACUAACGACUUUCGAACCUGUUGUUACAGCUCUUAAACAUUCGCCAUCAAAGCGGAAGUCUCUAUCCAGACCGUUGCGCGCCCAAGAAGAACACGACAACAACACCCCCGCACAAACACAAGUAAAUUCUAAUCAGAACGGGAGCAAACCUGUGAGCCCCACAGAGAUACCCCCCGCGAAAAUCUCACCCCCCGCUGUAACGUCGGCGCCAACGUCGUCCUCCACGCCCUUAACCUCUCCCCCUGCAUCCUACCCUGCUGUCUUAGUCGGAAGGCACACAUCCUCCGCGGAAAUAAAGCCCAAAAUACCGCCGCCGGUGCCCCCUCGAGGAACACCCAAAGUGAAAAAAUCAGGAACGAAUGGCAAAGGUGUAGCUCCCAGUUGGUGCAGUACCCCGCCACCACCAUUUGAAGAACUCGAACAUCGUUCUACCAACAUCGAGAGUAACACUAUGACCAGUAGUAGUAGCACGAGAGUUAGGGUGUCUUCUCAAACAAGUCAUCAUAGUCACGUGAGAACUUAUAAGGAGGAUACAGUUAGUAUAGGGGAUAUUAGAUUGGAAUCACGUGCUGAAAAUAAAUCAUCUCUAAGUGUGGAAUCUGGUAGUUCUGGAGCUGGUCAUUCGAGUCACUCUAGGGGUCUUGCGUGGACCCCUCCUGCGUCGGUGGAAGGUUCAACGCCUACGUGGACAGAAGGAACACCCUCAUUUACAGAAUCCUCCAGCAGCGGCGAUAUUGGAUGUCCGACGACGCCGUUACGUCAAGCAACAUUGACGGCACUUUCAACUCACCGCAAGAAGACCGUAGAUGAAGCCCUCAACAAUCUUGCCACCGAAAUGCAACACCUGAAGAACCGCGUGGAAAGCGAUUACAAUUGAAUGGAAAUCCGCAAUCGAAAUCAAGUCGAAUCCCGAUUUUCACGUGAGGUGCUGUAUUCAAAAAAUAAUUAUUACCAGAGAAGUGGUAAAAUGAAAUUCUUGAAUGAAAUUAUAAUUCUUUUUUGAAUAUGGACUCGUUUUCAUCUCCUUUAUCGUUCUAGUUAUCUUUUUGUAUCUACGAUUCUCACUCGUUCGAUUCAAAUGCAUUUAAAUUCGUUUGAAUCCUCGUUUAAAAAAAUUGUGAUUUUUUGAUAGUUAUUUAAUUUUUUUUUAAUAAUACUCGAUCUCGUGUGUAAAUACCUAAUAAUGAUUCGGUAAGAUUCAAUUAUUUUAUGUCUUAAGUGACUAACCAUCAUCACUCAAACCAACGAAUGAAAAUGAAACACAUUUUGCUUGUGCUUUUAUUAACAAAAGUGUAAAGUUUUUGUUUUAUUGUCUUAAACUUGUGUUUAUUUUAUUUUUUUUUUUUUAUGAUUGUUUGAUAAUUUGGAGUUAGAUUUUUUGUAAUUUUUUUUGUGAUUUAUAGACCAUCAAACGAAUCUAUUGUGCGAGAUGGGAAUACUCUUAAUAAAACCACAAGUAAUAUGUGUCGUGUUGUUGGUUUUUUUAUUGGAUAAAAUGUAUGAUAUUAUGGAAUUGUUGGUGUAGAAUAAGUCAUGAAUAUUGAGAUGGACCUAUUGUAACAAAUUGGUUUUCUUUUGAUGGGACAUUCCAUUUUUAAGUCUGUACUUAUGUAUUUUUAUUAAGUAACGAAACAAUUUGUUAUUAGAUCUGCAAAGCGUUGUUUUCCUAACUUCUUUUUUAGCAAGCUUUAUAUUAGAAAACACCGAUUAAAUUGUUUUUUAAUUGAAAAUAAUUAUGCAAAUUAGAUAUGGAAAAAUGUAAAAUACUAGUCUUACUUU